AUGCUGACUGCUCUGCGCUGUGUGCUGUCCAAGCUGGUGUCUCCACUGUGGAGGACCGAAAAGGUGGAUGGAGAAGACAGCUUCCCCUGUGCACCAGGCACGGAGGACGUCCGCCACCUGCGGGGCGGUGUGGUGACCCAGCUCUUCCUCGACCAUGGCAUGAUAGACGGUGCUGUGUACUUCACCAGCGGCCAGGUGUUGGGCGGGAUGCCGCUGAAAGAAGGGGACCUGGUGAACUGUAUAGCAGUGAGAGAUGGUGCCCAGGGUGGAUGGAAAGCUGUCAGGGUGGAGAAGAGUGCCGAUGCCUGGGAGGACGGAGGAAGAACCUCACUAGAGGCUGACAGCAUGCAUCUCCGGCCUCUCAUCGGCACGGUCACGUCAUUUGACAGAGAUGGCGGCUACAUUAACCAGACCACAUACUUCCCACGCAACAGUCUUUGGGAAGGUUAUGAGCCAAUGAAGGGAGACUGGGUCCAAGCUAAAUAUUUUGUCAAUCCAACCCAGUGGACCACCCAGGCUCAUUCUGUGGUCCCCUUACGCUAUUGCCGCCUAGACCAGGUGCGUGUGACCAGCGUGUUUGGUAACAAUGGAGUGGUGGAGGACAAAGUGUUCUUCAGCCUGGACUCUCUGCUACUGCCCGCCCAAUACCGGCCUGUUCUAGGGCACCUGGUGAACCUGGUAAUGGUGGAGAGCAAUCAGUCCAUCUACAGUUGGAGAGCCCUAUGCAUGGCGCCCUGCCUUCAGAGUGUGAGUCUUCCUGCUGCAAUUCUCCCAGAUACUGAACUCCAGAGCCUCCUUGAAAAUAAAGGAGGCCUGAACGUAACAGAGUAUGGACAGUUUGGAGAUCUGAGUAUUGGGGAUAGACGAGAGCUGGUGCUCUGGAUACAGAGCCUGGGAAGCUGUGCCGAGCUGCUGCUGCUGCACUUCUCUUCUUUCACCAUUGGGAGGCGCCUGGAUGUCACAGUGGGCAGUGAAGAGGAGAACCUGCUGCAGCCCUCGCUUCCCUACGCUCCCAGUGACACUUGUUCUCUCCCAGCAGUAUCCUCUCAAGUGAUCACUGUCUGUGCUGCAAAAGGCCCACCAAGGCUUACUAAUCGGCGGCUGCCAAACUUCUUGGGGAGCUUUCCAGCGCCUCGUGCUUUGAGAGACUGUGUGGAGGCGCAGAGGGAUGUGCUGGUGGUUGAGCCAAGCCUCGGAGAGGUGCUGUCACCGUCCAACAUGUAUUCACGCUUCUCAGCCCUUCUCUGGUUGGAAGAACUGCAUGCAGAGAGGGAAGUGGGAGAAUUCUCAAUCAUUGGAGCCAUUCUCAGGAAGGGAGCUGUCCACCUGCACUUAGAGGUUUUGGGGUUGGCUGAAGGCAGACCCAGUCUUAAUAUAGGGGACAGAAUAGUGUUGAAGAAACCACGGAGUGACGGUGCGGUAAUGGAGUACUUGAGUUUCGUUACAGAGAUCAAUGAUGAGGAUGUUAGUUUGAGAGUAAACUCAGAGUUUCAGCGCAGUUACCUCGGAGAGCCGCUUGAUGUUGAGUUCUCUUACAACAGAACCACCUCGAGGCGGUGUCAUAAUGCACUUCUCCAGACGAAGCAGUUUGGAGGCAUUCUCUUCCCCUCCAGAGUGACUCCUCAGACCCCUCAGUGGACAGGAAAGUGGAUGGAGGACAAUGAGGCUCCAAGGCCGAAAAACAGUAAUGUGUCGAGGGUUUCCAUGGACAUGAAGUCAAAGGCCACGCAGACUAAAAGUGGAGGACUGCUGUCGAAACCGAUUCCCAGCAAAGGGCACCUCUUUAACCCAGAGCUGAACCCCCCUCAGAGAAAGGCAGUGAAGAGCAUCCUGGAAGGAGAGUGUCGCCCCAUUCCAUAUGUGCUAUUUGGACCUCCAGGCACCGGAAAGACAAUCACCCUCAUAGAGUCCAUACUACAGGUUUACCACUUUAUCCCCAGCAGCCGGGUGCUCGUGUGCACUCCCUCCAACAGUGCUGCUGACCUCAUCUGCGUCCGUCUGCUUGAGAGCGGCUUCCUGCAUGCAGCAAGUCUGGCCCGCGUCAAUGCGUCUUGUAGGCAGGAUGAGUCAAUCCCAGAAGUGCUGAGACUGUACUCCAGGGCAGGAGAGGACAUCCGUCAGGCCUCUUUUCACAGGAUCGUGGUCAGCACCUGCUCCAGCGCUGGGAUGUUCCACAGUAUUGGACUACAAGUGGGACAUUUCACUCACUUGUUCUUGGACGAAGCCGGCCAGGCCACUGAGCCAGAGUCCCUGAUCCCCAUGAGCCUUGUGUCAGAGAGAGAUGGACAGAUAGUGUUGGCCGGAGACCCCCGUCAGUUGGGUCCAAUAGUGAAGUCCAAGCUGGCUGCUGCCUUUGGCCUGGGGGUGUCUUUGUUAGAGAGGCUCAUGUCCAACCCACUCUACACCAGACAGGACUGGGGAUACAACCCAAAGCUGGUGACUAAGCUUAUUUACAACUAUCGUUCUCAUGAGGCCCUACUCACGCUUCCUUCCAAGCUCUUCUACAAGGGGGAGCUGUGCUGUGAAGCCUCCAGGGCCGUAGUAGAGUCCCUCUGUCAGUGGAAAACCCUGCCCAAAAAAGGCUUCCCUCUCCUCUUUCACGGCGUCAGGGGUACAGAAAUGAGGGAAGGUAAAAACCCAUCGUGGUUCAACCCUGUGGAGGCCGUGCAGGUGAUGCUCUACUGCUGCCAGCUGGCCAAGAAGCUCUACAACCCUGUGGGUGCCUCUGACAUUGGCAUCAUUGCCCCCUACAAGAAACAAUGUGAGAAGAUACGGGUGCUGCUGGGUAAAGUUGGCCUCUCUGACAUCAAAGUGGGCUCAGUGGAAGAGUUCCAAGGACAAGAGUUCCUGGUCAUCAUCAUGUCUACGGUGCGCUCUAAUGAGUCAGUACCGAGUGAUGAUUUGCAGAAUUCGCUCGGCUUCCUCGCCAACCCCAAACGCUUCAACGUGGCCGUCACUCGUCCCAAAGCACUGCUCUUAAUUGUCGGAAACCCCCACAUUCUCAUUAGGGAUUUAUGCUUCAGGGCUCUGCUGCAGUACUGUUUCAUUAAUGGAGCAUAUCUGGGCUGCGACCCCCCUCCCUCCCUCAGAGAUUCCCAGAUAUGUCUGCAGGUACUGGGGGCUAGUUGUCUGCACACCUCGGUGUGGCUGCGUCUGCCCACAGGACCCGGAGACUGGAUGUGGCAAUUGAGUGCUACUGACAGUCUGCACGGGGACUGUCAGUCCUACUGGAGCCCAGCAGGAUGCAGGGGGGGGUUUGGGUAUGGGUGA